AUGGAAAAAAGUGAGCUGCGCGUACGAUGGCUGGUACUAGUUCUAUCGUGUAUUGUAAUGAUCGGCAACUAUUACUGCUUCGAUAACCCGUCGGCACUCAAGAGUCAGUUACAGCAGCACUUUGACAUGAUUCCCAAAGACCGCUACGAGUUUUUUUUUAACUUGCUGUACACGUUGUACUCAAUUCCCAAUAUAGUGCUACCAUUCUUUGGUGGUGUAUUAGUGGAUCGAUUUGGUGCGCGUGUGAUGCUGUUUGUAUUCUCGACGGCAAUUUUAACGGGACAAGUGAUCUUUGCAACGGGCUGCUCGCUCUCCAGUUUCAAUCUAAUGCUAUUUGGCAGAGUAGUAUUUGGCUUUGGUGGAGAAAGUUUGGGAGUCGCUCAGGGGACGCUUGUCGCUUCGUGGUUCAAAAACAGUGAACUAGCUUUGGCCUUGGGUAUUAACCUCAGUGUAGCUCGACUGGGAAGUGUCAUUAAUAACGAACUCAGUCCAAUUGUAGCUCAAGCGUCGGAUGUGUCGACGGCGCUUUGGGUAGGUGUUAUCAUGUGUCUUGCAUCCACCUUUACAGUGUUGCUUGUGAUUCCAAUUGAUAAGCGAGGUGAGAAGUUGGCAAAAAUAAAUCAUAACGCGGAAGCAGCAGCUGCUGAAAGUGUUCACUUCAGUGAUGUAAAGCAUUUUCGUCCGGCCUUUUGGCUCCUAGCGUUGAGCUGCUUGGUCGUGUACGGCUGUGUCAUACCCUUCAAUAAUGUUGCGAGUAGCCUCUUAUUGGAGCGUGAUUUUUUCAAAGAACCCCCAGAGCAAUGCAGACGAUGCGGCGAGGGCUUUUACAUUAACGAGGUCAAUUGCCAAGAUAUUGCCGUGGGAUGCCCUAGUGUUCCUCCAUACGGGUGGCCGCUCCCACUUCUGUCUGCAAAUUGCACGAUCAAGGAACCACAAGAUCAGUUGUAUUGCUCCACGUCACCUCCAUUGAUUCUUGGAGAUAAUAUUAAUUGUGACGAUGACGCGUGGAAGCUUGGUCCAUUGACAAAUACAUACUGUGCCGCAAAAAUGGAUGCAGCUCAGAAGGCGGCUACUCCCAUGUCUAUCCCCUACAUUAUCAGUGCUGUCAUAUCUCCAUUUCUGGGUUUCGUGGUUGACCGUGUCGGUCUCCACGCCUUUUUGGCGCUUGUAGCGCCACUGGCACUGACAGCAGUCCACGUCAUGUUAGGAUUGACACAAGUAACACUUUACGUACCGUUGGUACUGCAAGGAGUUGCGUACAGUGUGUUCGCCGCAGCAUUGUGGCCCUCAAUUCCAUACGUGGUCGAGGCAAAACACGUAGGAACAGCAUACGGAGCAGUCACUGCUAUUCAGAACAUCGGUCUUGCACUCUUCCCGCUGGCCGUGGCGGCUGAGUUUAAUCACGAUGAUCGAUACAUUCCAAGUGUGGAGCUGCUCUUUGUGUCAUUCGGAGUGUUGGGCAGUCUCGUUGGCAUUGCUCUCAACGUGGUGGAUUACCAGAACGGUUCGAUCUUAAACCGCACAAAAGCCAUUGAUAGAAGAGUGGCGCACAUGAUGGAGGAGGACGCGAUUGACAAUGAAGCGCUGUUGCCUGCUGAGAAGUAG